UAUCAAAGGUAAACAAAGGUAGCAUCUUGGUUUAAGCAGAUGAUUGAUAAAUCUUGCAUAAAUAUGCAAUGACUGCCCUUGGUUUACUGGUUUUAUGCUGGGGCUUAAUAAUUUGCUCCGGGUCAUCGUCGAUGGAAUCGAGGGAGAGCGAUGUUGAUCCCGACGCUAACAGAAAUGUGACCCAAUUAAUAAAGAGCAAAGGCUAUCCAGUGGAAGAAUAUACAGUUCGAACGAGAGAUGGCUAUCUUUUGAAACUUGUUAGGAUUCCCUAUGGCAGAAAAAAUCGUAGACGAAACACCAGAAAUCGUCGGGUAGCUUUCCUGCAACACGGCUUUCUGGGAUCCGCUUCUGAUUGGGUGAUGAAUUUUCCCAGCCAGAGCCUUGGUUAUAUCUUGGCCGACGAAGGUUACGACGUAUGGCUGGGAAAUCAGAGAGGUAACAUCUACGCCCGGAGGCACGUCAGAUAUUCACCCCGAAGCAAUCGAUUUUGGAAUUUCAGUAUUGACGAACACGCCAAGUAUGAUACACCGAAUAGCAUAGAUUUUGUCCUGAAGAAAACUGGUCAAAGACAAUUGUAUUACGUGGGAUGGUCGCAAGGUUGCAUGAUAGCUUUUGCAUUUCUCUCCGAAAAUCCCAGAUACAACAAGAUUAAAGCGAUAUUUGCUUUAGCACCAACGGCGACAGUCGGUUAUAUCGAGAGUCCUAUACGUUAUUUAGCUCCUUUAUCUAAUAACCUUCGACUUUUAUUUUCCGCUCUAGGACAAAGAGAGCUUUUACCAAACAACUACAUCACAAAAUUAUUUGCACAGACCGUCUGUCCCUUAAACUCGAUAUGCUCCAAUCUCUAUUUUCAAAUAAAUGGAUAUGACAUUCAUCAAUUAAAUCAGUCUCGUCUGCCCGUCUACUUUUCUCAAUUACCUGCAGGAGAGUCUACUAAAACCCUCAUUCAUUACGGACAGAUGAUAAAUUCGAAAAAAUUUCAAAAAUUCGAUUAUGGGAGAAUAAAAAAUAUGCAAAAAUACAAAAGGCCUUCUCCACCGGAGUAUAAGCUCGAAAAAAUUCAAACUCCCAUCGCAAUCUUUGCGGGUUUAAACGACAAACUGGCAGAUACUAAAGACGUGAAUAUACUUCGAAGUCGCAUUCCGAAUCUGUUAGCGAAUCAUCAAGUGAGCCUAAGAGAAUGGGGUCAUCUAGAUUUCGUAUUUGCUAUAGAAACAAAGAAAUACGUUUAUGACCAUUUAUUGCGAGUAAUGAAAACUAUUUAAAAACUUUGUGUAUGCGUAAAUUAAUACAUUUAUCAGUAUAGUUUGCUUUAAUUCAAUGAAUGCUUAACCAAUACUAAAUAUUCUUUC